GAGAAAAAAAGUGGGUAUAUGAUGGUAAUGAACGGUGUUAAAGAGUUUGACACGGUUUCUUCAUAAGUUCACUGACGCCAUAUAUGAAGCCAAUUUUGCUGUUAUAUAUAUAGGUAGUUACAUUGCUUUUCAAACCUACCAAACCUACACUUGUGUCUCUUGUAACUCUCUUUCUUCUUGUGGGCAUGGACGGAAAGAAAUUGGAGUACAAAGGUGAGGAAGCAUUGAAAGAGAUAGAGAAGCUCACAAACAAUGGUGCUGAAAUUCAAGAAAGCCUUUUGAAACAGAUCUUAACACAGAAUAGGGAAACUGAGUACUUAAACAAGUAUGUGAAGGGAGAUGAGAAAACUGACAUAGCAGAGUUUAAGAGGUGUGUUCCUGUUAGCAGUUAUGAAGAGAUCUUCUCAUAUAUCCAGAGAAUUGCAAAUGGGGAAGACUCUUCUAUCAUCACUGGUCAACCAAUCACAGAGAUGUUAAUCAGUUCAGGAACAUCAGGUGGAGAGCCUAAAAUGAUGCCAACAAUUGCUGAAGAUCUUGACCGCCGUACAUUUCUAUACAAUCUUAUCACACCAAUCAUAUCUAAGUACAUUCCUGGUCUUGACGAAGGCAAGGGAAUGUUUCUCAACUUUGUAAAGUCAGAAAUGUCCACCACCCCUUGUGGCUUACCAGUGAGGACAGUGCUCACAAGCUACUACAAGAGCAAGCACUUCAAGUGCCGCACACGCGAUCCAUGGAACGAUUUCACAAGCCCUGACCAAACCGUCCUCUGCAACGACGUAAACCAGAGCAUGCACUGCCAGCUCUUAGCAGGCCUAAUCCAACGCCACAAAGUCCUCCGGCUCGGCGCUGUCUUCGCCUCCGCAUUCCUCAGAGCCAUUUCCUUCCUGGAAAGGAACUGGCAAAGCCUCUGCGAUGACAUUCGCAGAGGCGAGCUCAGUUCCUUUGUAACUGACCCUGGUUGCUGCUCUGCCAUGUCCUCUGUUCUUUCAUCCCCUAACCCUGAUCUUGCAGAUGAGAUUUCUGAAAUUUGCAGCCACAAGUGUUGGAAGGGGAUUUUACUUAAGAUUUGGCCUAAGGCUAAGUACAUUGAAGCUGUGAUCACUGGGUCCAUGGCUCAGUAUAUUCCUGCUCUGGAGCAUUAUAGUGGUGGGAAAUUGCCUUUGGUUGCUUCUAUGUAUGCUUCCUCUGAGUGUUACUUUGGGGUCAAUUUGAAGCCUUUGAGUGAUCCUGCUGAUGUUGCUUUCACACUCUUGCCUAACAUGUGUUACUUUGAGUUCCUUCCUCUUGGCCAGAAUGGGACACUGUUGAUGGACUUUGAGGAGGGGCAUGUCCCCAAUGACAAGCUUGUGGAUUUGAAGAAUGUUAAGCUUGGUUGCUUUUAUGAGAUUUUGGUCACUACCUUUGCUGGUCUAUAUAGGUACCGCGUUGGCGAUGUGCUUCAAGUGGUUAGAUUCUACAAUAAAGCUCCACAAUUCCGAUUCAUCUGCAGGAGAAACGUUGUGAUCAGCAUUGACAGUGACAAGACCAGUGAAGAGGACUUGCACAAGAGUGUCACUGAGGCCAAAAAGUUGUUAAAGCCUCUUGAUGCUCUAUUAGUGGAUUACACUAGUUACCCUGAUACUUCAUCAGUACCAGGACACUACAUAUUGUAUUGGGAAAUUCUGCAUUGUGGCUCAAAGGGGUCAGGGGAGCCACUUGAUACGAAUGUUCUUCAGGAAUGUUGCUCUGUAGUUGAAGAGCAACUAGACUAUGUGUAUAGGCAUUUACGCAAUGAUAAGUCAAUAGGACCACUUGAGAUACGUGUGGUGGAGCCAGGAACAUUUGAGGCAUUGAUGGACUUGAGCAUUAGCAAUGGAGCUUCAGUGAAUCAGUACAAAACACCAAGGUGCAUUAAGUCUAGUAAAGCAUUCAAUCUGCUCAAUUCUAGAGUUAAUGCUUCCUUUUUCAGUCCUAGAGUUCCCAGUUGGGGAUCUAAGCUGUGUUGAUAAGUCUUCUUACUUCUCUCAACUUUUGGUCCACAAUUGUGACAUCUGCUUCAACCAUAAGUUGGUUUCCAAAAAAGAAUUUGGCUACCAUCAACCAAUUUUUACUAAUCUUUCUUUGCAAGGGAAAGCAAUAACUUGUAGGAUGAUAUUCUUGCAAAUGGGAUUAUCAAACCAAAUCAAGUGUAAAAGGUGAAAUUAUCAAUACUAGGACUAUUGAGAGGAAAAAGAGGAAGAGUUUUGAUCCUCAAGGAAUAAAAAU